GUCGAGCGGAGCGGUGUACUGUGAUUGUAUGCGUGUUGUGGUGUUGGUGAGCCGUAAAAUAACCCCACAAGCAGGAUAGUACAUGUGGCGACGAGGACGAAAGUUGCCCCAAAGAUGUCAUUCCUGUCAUUGGAAAAGUUCGAUUGUAACGGAGAAUCCACUUCGGUGGGUGUACGAUGGGAACGCUGGAAAAGAGCAUUACUCAUAUAUUUGGAAGCGUCUAACGUUGAUAAAGACAUAAAGAAAAGGGCUUCUCUUCUACAUUUCGCUGAUUUAGAUUUGCAAGAAGUGUUUUAUAACAUUCCCGGCGCUAAUAUUGAGCCAAGCGACGGCGUCGACGUUUUUGAAAUCGCAAUAUCUAAACUUGAUUCAUACUUUGCACCAAAACAGAGCAAAAUCUAUGAGCGACAUUCAUUCAGGCUGCUCAAACAGGAACCUGAAGAAAAGUUUGAAAAGUUCCUAGUGAGACUGAGAAAACAAGCUGACAAAUGUCAGUUCGCUGAUCGAGACGAGAACAUUAUCGACCAAAUAACGGAAAAAUGUUACCUACCUGAACUGAGGAAAAAGAUACUACAGAUUGGAGAUGAAAUUACACUGGACCGAGUAAUCACGGAAGCAAACACACUAGAAAUUGUCAAUAAACAGCUAGAAGAAUUUAAAAACUCUACAAGAUCAAAUGGGAAUCAGGAAGUCAAUAAAGUUGAUAGUAAAGAUAAAAAGAGUUUUUAUAAACCAAAUAAUAUACAGCAAGGAUGCGGUAGAUGUGGUAAUCCCAGACAUGCGACAUUUGACGCAAAAUGCCCGGCAAGAGAAAAAACAUGCCUGAAGUGUGGUCUCAAGGGACAUUUCAGACAAUUCUGCAGGACUAAACUACCCCAGAAGAGGAAAACAGAAGAAAAAUAUAGCCAGGAAAGAAAGAAAGGUCGAUUCGACAAAGAGAAAAGUGAAAUAAAUCAAGUGAGUGGCUCUUCAAACGAGUUGACUCAAAAAGAGGCAGAAACCGAAUACGUUUUCCAUAUUGAUGACGAUGUCGAAAUUGAUUGCACCAUUGGAGGAGUAGACACUAAGAUGUUGAUUGACUCAGGCUGCAAGAGAAAUCUAAUUACGGAGGCAACGUGGGAAAUAAUGAAGAAGAACAAAGUUAGUUUGUUUAAUCAACAACCAAAUCCUAAUGUAACAUUCACGGCCUAUGGCAGUACUACACCACUUAAAAUAAAAGGAUCAUUUGAAGCUCGGAUACAAAUAGGUAUGAGAUCCGAGACCGCAACUUUCUAUGUCGUUACUAAUGGCACAAGAAACCUCCUAGGAAAAACAACUGCAAUGUCAUUAGGAGUGCUAAAAAUAGGAUUGAAUGCAGAAGUUAACCAAAUUAAUACUGAGAAAUUUCCCAAAUUCAAAAAUAUAUUAAUUCAAUUACCGAUUGAUGAUUCCAUUCCACCCGUGUCACAGCCUUACAGAAGGACCCCGAUACCUUUAGAAGCUAAAAUUGGAGAGAAAAUUGAAGAGCUUAAACAAAGGGAUAUUAUAGAACCAGUCGUAGGCUCUUCCAAGUGGGUAUCCCCUGUGGUGCCGGUGUUGAAGGAAAAUGGAGAAAUACGUCUUUGUGUAGACAUGCGUCGAGCUAAUGAAGCUAUUAUACGAGAAAAUCACCCAUUGCCGACAAUGGAUAAGUUACUACCGAAAAUGAAAAAUGCAAAAGUAUUUACAAAAUUGGACAUAAAAGACGCAUUUCACCAAAUUGAGAUACAUCCGGCUUCAAGACAUAUAACCACCUUCAUAACCAAUAAAGGCCUAUUUAGGUAUAAAAGACUUAUGUUUGGCAUAUCGUGUGCACCGGAAAUCUUUCAGAAAACAUUAGAGCACAUGCUUUUAGGUUGUGAAGGCGUGGUAAAUUAUAUCGAUGACAUCUUGAUAUACGGGAAGGACAUGCAGGAACAUGAUGCGCGAGUAAAGAAAGUGAUGUCAGUUCUGAAAGACAAUAAUGUAUUAGUAAAAGAAGACAAAUGUUCUUUCGGGAUGAGCAAAGUGAGUUUCUUGGGACAUGAGCUGUCAGCGGAAGGCGUAAGGCCAUUGGAAAAGUACAUUUCCACAAUAAAAGAAUUUAGAGCACCUAAAACUACCGGAGAAUUACGAAGCUUCUUAGGCUUGAUUAAUUUCGUCAGCAAAUGGAUCCCCAAUUAUGCGACAGCAACAGAACCUCUUAAAACACUACUUCGAAAUAAAAAUGGAGAGCGAACAGAUAUUACAGAUCAUUGGGGACUAGAACAACAGCGAUGCUUCGAUUCAUUGAAGGAUAUUAUGACAAAUAUACCUAGCUUAGGUUACUACGAUGUAAACGAUCGUACUACGGUCAUAGCAGACGCAAGCCCGGUGGGCCUGGGUGGAGUACUAGUUCAGAUUGAUUCUGAAGACAAACCCAGGAUUAUUGCAUAUGGUCACAAAACUCUGACUGAUUGUGAACGCCGCUACUGUCAGACUGAGAAAGAGGCAUUAGCCCUUGUAUGGGCAGUAGAGCAUUUCCACAUUUUCCUCUAUGGGAAAAGAUUCGAACUUAUAACAGACCACAAACCAUUAGAGAUUAUAUUCGGUACCAAGUCCAAACCAUGUGCUAGGAUAGAGAGAUGGGUUAUGCGCCUUCAAUCGUACAGCUACAAAGUAGUUUAUCAAUCGGGUAAGACCAAUAUCGCAGACUCAUUGUCUAGACUCGGUAAAAGUGCAGAAAAAUCUUUAGUACAAUUGAAAGAUGACCAUAUCUGCCAAAUUGUGGACUUUGCCCGACCUCGAGCAGUUUCCCUUAAGGAAAUAAUAGAUAGCUCAAUGGACGAUCAAGAAAUCCUAAAUGUAAAAGAAGGGUUGUAUCACAACAUAUGGAGUGACGAUGUGAAACUAUAUAAACUAUUUCAGAAUGAAUUAUGUUUCCAUGAGGGUAUACUAUUGAGAGGAACAAGAAUCGUGAUUCCCUCGGCACUCCGUAAAAGAGUUCUAGAUGCAGCCCAUGAGGGCCACCCCGGCAUCGUAUCGAUGAAGGCAAGACUUCGAACGAAAGUUUGGUGGCCUAAAUGUGACAAGGAUGCCGAAAACAUUGUAAAAGUGUGUAAAGGAUGCACUCUUGUAUCUGCACCACAUGCACCAAAUCCUAUGAAACGACGCGAGUUGCCUGAUGGUUCUUGGAUUGACAUUGCGAUUGAUUUGAUGGGCCCCCUCCCUAGCGGUGAUCACCUGCUUGUUGUAGUAGACUACUACAGCAGAUAUAAGGAGGUGAAGAUUUGUCGGAAAAUCACCUCUACCGAAAUUGUGGCAAAACUCAAAGAAAUAUUUAGUCGUUUAGGAAACCCAACUUCAAUAACAGCGGAUAAUGGAAGACAAUUCAUCAGCGAAGAAUUCAAAUCAUUUCUAACAGAAAGAAAUAUCACUCUCUUUAAUACAAUCCCAUACUGGCCUCAACAGAAUGGAGAGGUCGAAAGACAAAAUCGUGAUAUACUAAAACGGCUAAAAAUAAGCAUAGCUGAAAAUAAAGACUGGAAGGAAAGUUUACUGGAUUACUUAACUAUGUACAAUAGUACACCACAUUCUGUCACCGGAAGAACCCCAGCAGAGCUUUUCUUCAAUAGGAGAUUUAGAGAUAAAUUACCUAUGGUAAAUGAUACAAUGGAAGGGAUAGCAAAGGAUUCUGAGGUCAAGGACAGGGAUCAAGAAAGGAAAGAAAGAGGAAAGGAUUAUGGAGAUAGGAAACGGAAGGCAGAAGAAAGCGAUUUAACACCAGGAGAUAAAGUUUAUAUCAAGAACAUGAAUAGAGAAAAUAAAUUAAGUUUGAACUAUAACCCAGAAACUCAUACAGUGGAAAAUAAAGAAGGUGGAGAUAUCACAGUCCGAAGCGAUGAGACUGGUCAAAUUCGUAGAAGGAAUGUAGUGCACUUAAAGAAGAUUCAGGGCGAAUGGAGCGUGUGUCAAGACCGAAAUGAAAUCGACGACGAAGAAAUGAAUGUUGAAACUUAAUGCCACUUCUGACACCAAAAUGGUGUUAAAUUUUGAUUCACCCAUUAAUGUGUAAAUUAAGAUUUGAUUCGACUACUAAACAAUGAAAAUUAAUCUAACUAGUAGUAAACUAUAUCUCAUGCAUAAAACUGUCUAAUGAUUUAGAUUGAUUAAUAAAUGUACACUCAUUAUCAAUAAAACUAAAUUAAAACAAAAAAGGGAUGUAGUGUAUUGGCUGUAUAAUGUGGGUUGUCUCAUACUCUGACGUCACGCGUCAGUCGCAUACCGGCGGUCGAGCGGAGCGGUGUACUGUGAUUGUAUGCGUGUUGUGGUGUUGGUGAGCCGUAAAAUAACC